UGAAAAUUGAAGAAAAGGAAAGAAAAAAAAACAGUCGUGGGUUUUUGUUUCUUCAGUCUGUCGACGCUUGCUCUCUCUCUAUUUAUCGAAUUCCCCGACGGUGAACAUCACCAGACAAGGAGGAGGAGACUAGGAAGAUCGAUUUUAUCAAUCUCAAUUGAACAAGAUGUCGACUCUGUUAGCUACAUGUAACCAAAAUUGAAACCAAAACUAAGUUUCUUCUUUUGUAGCCUUCUUCAUCAUUCAAAAUAUGGCGAAUAGUAAGUACGAGUACGUGAAGUCAUUCGAAGUAGAAGACGAAGUUAUGUUUCCCAAUCUGAUAAUUAUCCGUAUCGAUGGCCGUGAUUUUUCCAGAUUUUCUCAAGUUCACAAGUUUGAAAAGCCUAAUGAUGAGACAUCUCUAAAUUUGAUGAAUUCAUGUGCAUCUUCGGUUUUAGUAGAGUAUCCUGAUAUAGUCUUUGCAUAUGGAUAUAGUGACGAGUACAGCUUUGUAUUCAAGAAAGCAUCAAGAUUCUACCAGAGACGAGCCAGUAAGAUUCUGUCUUUGGUAGCCUCAUUUUUUGCUGCGGUCUAUGUAACGAAAUGGAAAGAGUUCUUUCCUCAUACAAAAUUAGAAUAUGCUCCUUCAUUUGCUUCAAAAGUUGUAAGUUGUGCAUCGGUAGAGGUUCUUCAAGCUUACCUUGCGUGGAGACAACAUGACUGCCACAUCAGUAAUCAGUAUGACACAUGUCUUUGGAUGUUAGUAAAAAGUGGAAAGACCUUAAGUGAAACUCAGGAGAUUUUGAAGGAUACACAGAAACAACAGAGAAAUGAGCUUCUUUUUCAACAAUUUGGUAUUAAUUAUAAAAUGCUUCCUGUAUUAUUUCGUCAAGGAUCAUGCCUUUUUAAGACAAAGUUGGAAGAAACUGUAAAGCAUGAUGAGAAUGGAAAGCCUGUAAAACGAUUGAGGAGAAGAGAAACUUUAGUGCAUUCAGAAAAUGUUGCUGGAAGAAGCUUUUGGAAUGAGCACUCCUCUCUUCAUAAAGAUCUUGGACAUUUUGCAAAAGACAUUGGCAAAAUUGAACCAGAUUAUGUUAAGUCGUUUCAGUUUGAGAGUAGAUUAUUACCUUUAACUUGGGUUGUGGUUAGGAUUGAUGGCUGCCAUUUUCACAGAUUUUCUGAAGUUCAUGAAUUUGAGAAGCCAAAUGAUGAGCAAGCUCUGAAACUUAUGAAUUCAUGUGCAGUGGCUGUUCUUGAGGAGUUUCAGGAUAUUGCCUUUGCCUACGGCGUUAGUGAUGAGUUCAGCUUUGUUCUUAAGAAUAAAUCUGAGCUUUACAAAAGACAGUCCAGUAAGAUAAUAUCUGCAGUAGUAUCCUUCUUCACAUCGACUUACAUGAUGAGAUGGGGAGAUUUUUUCCCUCACAAAAAAUUGAAGUACCCUCCAUCAUUCGAUGGACGAGCUGUUUGCUAUCCAACAUCAGAUAUUCUCCUGGAUUAUCUAGCUUGGAGACAAGUCGACUGCCAUAUCAACAAUCAGUAUAAUACAUGUUUCUGGAUGCUUGUUAAGUCUGGAAAAAGCAAAAUUCAAGCCCAGGAUUACUUAAAGGGUACCCAGACACGAGAAAAAAACGAGUUACUUAGCCAGCAAUUUGGAAUUGAGUACAAUUCAUUACCUGUAAUCUUCCGCAUGGGUUCUUCCGUUUUCCGCCUAAAGACGCAGGAAGGUGUUACAGAGGAGAAUGGAGAAGUUUCAGGAAAGCAAGUGGAAGCAGAAGUGGGCGUAGACUAUUCAAACAUUAUCGACCAAUGUUUCUGGCAACAACAUCCUCACAUUCUUAGCUUCUCCUAAGACAGGUAUUCAUUGCUACCAAAAAAAAAUUCCAAACCGAAAACCGAAUGAGAUUCAGCUCUUAUUUUGAUAAACCGAAGCUAAAGUACAAAACAAUCGAACCGAAUGGUUUACUUUUUUCUUUCACUAUUUUUUGUUUUUUUCCAUUAUUUUAAAUUAACCUUUUUCAAUUUGGUAGUUAAUUUUUUCCUUCAAUGAGAGAUUUGGGUUGUUAAUUUUCCUUUGACUGGUAGGAUAAGCAAUAUUAGUGCUUUUCUUUUUUUUGGUAAAGUAAGAUUCGUAAAAUGUAUUGACUAAAAUGAUAAAAGAGGAAGAAAAUCUCAUCCAAAUUUUUUGACUAAUAUGUUCAUCUAAGGUAAGUUGACCCAAAGUGAGAUACAUUGUGUUCUUGCCUAAUGAUUACUAUAGUAGAAUCUCAUUCCAAGCACAACAAUAUUUUUAAAUUAAUUUCAAGGGGAAUUCCCUAAUUUUCAAUUAAUUUGUAUUUAUAACACCUAGGUAGAUUUUUCUCUAUUAAUUGAAAGAAAG